AUGAAUCAGCUGGUUAGCGCUAUGGAGCCCAAUUCCUUCUUGCUUAAUCGUAGUCAGUUAGCCGCGAGACAGGCUGUACCAAAGGAACUUCCUGAUUUCAACGGUGAUCCCGAGGACUGGCCAUUGUUUUGGUCGAUGUUUAACUCAUCGACACAGAUGUGCGGAUUCUCGAAUGAAGAGAAUAUGCUACGUUUAAGGAAAUGCUUAAAAGGGCAGGCAUUGGAAUCAGUACGUUGUCGAUUGCUGCAUCCUUCUAACGUGACUGGUGUCAUGUCAACACUGAAGAUGUUGUUCGGAAAACCUGAAGCCUUGAUUCACGCGAUAACUCUUAAAAUCAGGUCGCUACCACCACCAGAUAUGGAUAGGUUAGAAACGCUAAUAAACUUCGCCUUGUCAGUAGAAAACCUUUGCGCCACGAUUGAAGCAUGUGAAGUAGAGGACUUCAUGUACAAUGCAGCCUUGCGGUACGAACUGAUAGCGAAAUUACCAUCACAACUCAAGUUAGAUUGGGCUAAACAUUCAAGGCAACUGCAGUCGCCGAAAUUAUCAGACCUCAGUGCCUGGCUAUAUUUAAUGGCUGAGGAUGCUAGUUCAGUUUUAGCUACCGCCCCUGCGCAACGACGUCCUCGUUUUGGUAGAAAAGAAGACCGAUAUCUAAAUCUUCACGCCGAUAACCAGUCGUCUCCUGAUGCUUCUCCCUCCCGCUCGCAGCAACAACAAACACACGUACAGCGCCGACCUCACGAGGUCAACAAAGAGUGUGACCUUUGCGACGGCAGCUGCUCGUCACUUGUGAAAUGCGAAACAUUCCAAGGUCUCAAUUACGACGCUAGAUGGUCCGCAGUUAAGGAGCGACGUCUUUGCAAAAAAUGCCUUCGACGACACAAUGGCACUUGCCGCCUGCAAAAAGAAUGUGGUACGAACGGAUGCAGGUACAUGCAUCAUCCACUAUUGCAUAAACCCAGUCUGACGGUGCGCAGUGCGACACAGCAGUCGCAAAUUGAACGGAAAUGUUACUUACAUCAAACACAGUCCAAUGAUAUUCUUUUUCGAAUAGUACCGGUUACACUACAUGGUCCAAACACUGAGGUUCAGACAUAUGCGUUUUUGGAUGACGGGUCAGAACUAACCCUUAUAGAAGAAGGAUUAGCAUGUCAGUUACAACUCAAGGGGCAGAUUAAACCGCUCUGCCUCAAAUGGACAGGAGGGACUCGACGCGUCGAGGAAAAAUCCCAGAUGGUUGAUUUGAGCAUUUCAGCAACAAAUAAUCAUCACAAAUAUCAGCUUUCCGGUGUACGGACGGUGGAAGAGCUCAAGCUGCCACACCAAACUUUGAUUAUGAAAGAGCUUGAACAGAAGUAUGCGCAUCUUAAAGGGUUACCAAUAGACACGUAUUACCAUGCCAUUCCACGCAUAAUAAUAGGGCUUGAUAACACUACCCUCGGACAUACGCUAAAAGGACGAGAGGGAGGCGCAAACGAGCCAGUAGCAAUUAAAACAAGGCUCGGUUGGACAGUUUAUGGAAGCUGCAACCCUAACUACUCGACAAGUCAAUUCAUUAAUCAUCACUCGCUUCAAGCCCGUCAUUGUGACUGUAAGUCAGAUGAGGAACUUCAUAAAUUCAUGAAGGAAUACUUUUUGUUAGAUAGCAUGGGUGUAGUGAAACUAACCACUAGUCUGCUAUCAACAGAAGAUCAGAGAGCACAAAAUAUGCUGAAGGAAAUGACGCGCCCCACGAACGGCCGAUACGAAACUGGGCUGCUAUGGCGGUACGAUAACGUGAGGCUCCCGGACAGUAAGGCGAUGGCGACGAGAAGAUGGCAUUGCUUGCAGCGACGACUUACAAAAGAUCAGUCGCUGGCUAUGGUGCUGAAUGAAAAGAUUCAAGAUUACUUGCAAAAACAGUACAUUCGGAAGUUGUCGCCUGAGGAGAUUACUGUGAGUAGACCAAGAACCUGGUAUUUACCAAUUUUUCCCGUGACAAAUCCCAAUAAACCGAGCAAGGUCCGUAUCGUUUGGGAUGCAGCUGCAAAGGCACAUGGAGUAUCACUCAAUUCUGUAUUGCUCACAGGCCCGGAUCAGCUCACACCGCUUUUGACGGUGCUAAAUAAAUUUCGCGAAUUUCGCGUGGGCAUUUGUGGAGACAUACGCGAAAUGUACCACCAGGUUCUAAUUCGGGAGGAGGACCAACAUUGCCAGCGUUUCCUUUGGCAGGACGACAAGACGACUACCGAACCGAGCGUAUUCGUCAUGCAAGUCAUGACAUUUGGUGCUUGCUGCUCACCUAGCAGUGCGCAAUACAUAAAGAACCUUAAUGCGGUGAAGUAUGAGCAACAGUACCCUAUAGCGGUUGACGCCAUUGUCAGACGACACUAUGUCGAUGACAUGCUAACGAGUCUUGAGACAGAGGACCAGGCUAUACAGCUCGCACGAGACGUCAAAUGGGUGCAUAGCAAAGGUGGUUUUGAGAUUAGGAAUUGGGUGUCAAACUCACCACGUGUGCUUGAAGCACUUCGGGAAAACGUUACUGAACAGAAAAGUCUUCAAUUGGGUUCUGUAACAGGCACUGAAAAGGUACUAGGAAUGUACUGGUGCACUACAUCCGACACCUUUACCUUCCGACUGUCGGCUCGACAUGAUCCUGAGUUGCUAACUGGCAUGCGGCCGCCAACGAAACGGGAAGCUCUCCGGACGCUGAUGAUGGUGUAUGACCCACUUGGAAGUGUGGAGAUCCGGUAUCGGCUGGGACGAACGAAUCGAAGGAGACUCGUACCAAAAAUGGCUUACUUGGCUCAAAGUUCUACCAUCUGUAGAGAACGUCCAGAUCCCUCGAUGCUUUAG